AGCAGACCUCAAUCAUCUCCUCUCCACCCUCACUUCCAACACUGAAAUUGACUAUGGGUUCUACAACUCUUCUUAUGGCCGAGAUCCUGACAAAGUAUAUGCAAUUGGACUUUAUCGAGGAGAUGUUAAGCCAGAUGAGUGUAGUACUAUUUAUAGAUCUCAUUGUACUAUUUUAUCUAACUUUUACAUUUAUUUAUAAUAGUUUUAAGGAAAAUUUUAAUUUCAGUAAAAUAAGAUUCCAAACAAAAGCCAAGCGCGUGGGACAUGCUGAACGUGAAGAAGAAAAUUGGCCGAAAAAAAAAAAAAGCAAAGCCAUUCUGCUUUUGUGUAAUGCUUGCUUUUGAGUCUUUUGAGGCUUUUGAGUGAUGCUGUCUCUUCAGCAUGUUCCACGCGCCUAAAAAGUCAGUCUCCAGGAAAGUGACGCUGGCUUUUGACCUUGAGUCUUUUCCAAUUACCUCAUUAGUGAGGUGUUUUUUUAUCAAGCGUGGGCUGGACCAUAGAGGGUAUGUGCACCCUACAAAAUGCCUAUAUCAAUAUGAUAACUUUCUUCACCUGAAAUCUUGCGGUAAUUUUAUGGAAAACAUGGCAAAAGUUUGUUCAAGACUUAUCUUCCUGUCAGCCAUUUGCCUGUUCUUUGCUCAAGCCAUUAUUGCUCAGCCAGACUUCGAAAAUAGUUUUGUGUGUUUAGACAGUAAGGGUAACUACACCAGUAGUAGUACCUACAAAGCAAACCUCAAUCAUCUCCUCUCCACCCUCACUUCCAACACUGAAAUUGACUAUGGGUUCUACAACUCUUAUUAUGGCCAAGUCCCUGACAAAGUCUAUGCAAUUGGACUUUGUCGAGGAGAUGUUAAGCCAGAUGAGUGCCGUAGUUGCCUCUAUAACACUACAAAUUUUCUCAUACAGCAUUGUCCCAAUCAGAAGGAAGCAAUGAGACAGGAUGAGUAUUGCAUAUUACGGUACUCGUUCCGCAACAUAUUUGGGAUCAUGGAAGAUCAUCCUGUUUACAUUCAACCUAAUGUUAAUAAUCAAUCUGGCAAUUUGGAUACUUAUAAUCAGUUCCUCAGGUCCCUGUUGAAUGGCCUAAGAAAUCAAGCUGCAGCAGGUGGUUCUCUUCGAAAGUUCGCAGAAGCAAAAUCUACGGGAAUAAACAACAAAACACAAUAUGCACUUGUGCAAUGCACACCUGAUUUGUCUCAAACAGAUUGCAGUAAUUGCUUGCUUUCGGCAUUUGGACAGAUUCCUCUUUGUUGUGAUGGUAAGAUAGGUGCGGUAAUUUUUACACCCAGCUGUAAUUUUCGGUAUGAGGAGUACACCUUCUUUGGCCCCGUAGCUGAUAUUGCACUACCAUCGACCAAUACCUCCGUAGCUGAUAUUGCACCACCAUCAAUCAAUACCUCUGCCGCAAAAGGAAAUGAUGGUAACAAAUCUCAAACGGUAAUCAUAGUUGGGUCCAUUAUUGCUUUUGUAGUAGUAGUGGUACUAAUAAUAAUCUUCUGCAUCUACCUAAGAGUUCGGAAGCCAAGGGAGAAACCAGAAAGCCAAGCAGUGGAGGAGAUUGGAAAUGCGGAAUCCUUGCAGUUAGACUUUAAAACUAUUAAAGUAGCAACAGAUGACUUUUCUAAUGCAAAUAAGAUUGGAAAAGGUGGAUUUGGUGUUGUUUACAAGGGUAAACUCUCCAAUGAACAAGUUAUUGCUGUGAAAAGGCUUUCAAAAAAUUCAGGACAAGGAGAUCUUGAAUUUAAGAAUGAAGUUUUGUUAGUGGCCAAGCUUCAACACCGAAAUUUAGUUAGACUCCUAGGAUUUUGCUUGGAAGGAAUUGAAAGGCUUCUAAUUUAUGAGUUUGUGCCUAAUGGAAGUCUUGAUCACUUCAUUUUUGAUCCAAUAAAACGUGAACAAUUAGAUUGGGCAAGACGUUACAAAAUCAUAGGAGGCAUUGCUCGAGGUCUUCUCUACCUUCAUGAAGAUUCUCGACUUCGUAUUAUUCAUCGGGAUCUCAAAGCAAGCAAUGUCCUAUUAGAUUCUGAAAUGAAUCCAAAAAUUUCAGAUUUUGGUAUGGCAAGAUUGUUUGAAGUUGAUCAGAGUGAAGCCAAUACAAGUAGAAUUGUGGGGACCUAUGGAUAUAUGUCUCCAGAAUAUGCAAUGUAUGGACACUUCUCAGUAAAGUCUGAUGUCUUUAGUUUCGGUGUGCUAAUGUUAGAGAUAAUAAGUGGACGGAAGAAUAGCUCCUUCGGAAAUGGAGAGAAUAUUGAGAACCUUUCAAGCUAUGCAUGGAAAAAUUGGAAACAUGGUAUAGUUUCAAAUCUUGCAGAUCCCACAUUGGAAGCAGGUUCAACAACCGAGAUAAUGAGAUGUAUUCACAUUGGAUUACUAUGUGUUCAAGAAAAUGUAGUUGAUAGACCAACUAUGGCAUCUGUUGUUCUCAUGCUGAAUAGCUACUCUAUUACUCUACCAAUACCUUCACAACCUGCAUUUUUUAUGAAUAGUGGUACUAAAUCAACCAUUUGCUUGCAAUGCAAGCAUGAUUCAAGGGUGACAAAGUCAAAUCAAUCUAAAAGUAGCUCUGACCAAGCUUCGCUAAAUGAGGCGUCAAUCACAAAGCUAUCUCCUCGCUAAUGUUUAAUGAAUUUGAAAGAUCAGGGACUGAACCAGGAUUCAAACUUAGGAGGGGUCAAAGUUCUUUGUUCAAGAAUUUGAAAAAAUUGGAAUAUUAAUACUAGAGGUUAACAACGAUGCAUUAUUAGCAUUGAUUUUUUUUGCUUUUUUUAAAAAUCAAUAACAGAUAUUUAUAAUCAAGAGUUCUGUAAGUCAAUUGGCACGUCUUGAUAUUUUCAAGGUUUGACUGAGGUUGGACCAA